AUGGAAGUUUCGCUAAUUCAUGAUACUGUAACAACAAUCGACAAAAAACACAGCCAUCGCUUAGGGUUUGCUAAUUCCCUCAUUCGUCGACACAACUUCGCAAUUUCUUCACCCGAUCAACAACAACGUCUCGAAAUCUGCGCUCAAAUGUUGCCGAUCGACGCAGUCGCUCCACCACCUGUAAAACCUAGCACCAUACCUAAGACAGGUGCUAGAAAACGUUCUCGUAUCAGAAAGAGAAUUAAAAUCGACAGCUUUGGUGCUGAUGAUGGAGGAGACGGAGGAGGGUUCUUUGGUGGUGGCGAUGGUCCGUUUGGCGGCGGUGGCGGUAGCGGUGGCGGUGGCAAUUUCCAUGGGUUUAAUUGGGAUGAAUCGUCUUCUUCGUCGUCGGAUCCGGCUUUUGAUUUCGUCUAUGAGGCACUUACCUGGUUUGUUCUAUCAAAUUGCUUGCACUUCGCACUCAAGAGGGUGGUGAGGAUAGUAGCUGAUGGAGUUGCUGAUCCUGCUGAGAGAAGGUUGCGUUGA